AUGGACGAGAACCUGCGUAUCGGUGACUUCAACGGACGUGGAGUGAUGCUGCAUCAAUGGGAACAGUACACGAAAGCUCUUUCGGAGCUCGAAUUUCACUACUUGCGGUCUCAAGUAGUUUCAGCGGAAGGACGGACGAUUGUGACGUCCUACGCCAGUUAUAGACACGUGGUAACGCGAGACACUCUGGAGGUCAUUUUCCCUAACGUACUGCGUCAAUACCCACGCAUCGCGGCAAAAAUACUUGGGCGGGUGUUCGAAGGUAUUGGGAGGUUUGACUUCGUCUUCGAUACACAGACACACAGCACCCACACGAGCUAUGCGCCAUUUUUGAAGGAGCAAGGAUCACCGACGAGUGUCUGA